AUAUACGACCCUAUGUGUUACCCGUUUACUGACCCCCGGCCGAGAGACAUCGUCGUCGAUGCAGAGAACGACUUUACUGUCGAGGCGGCAGCCUACGCAUACCUUGACCCUCAUAUCGGUGGGAAAUUCAUCCCAAAGUACUACGGCUCGUUCGUCUUCAGUAUGCCCAUUCCCCAGCAACAGGGCUUACCCAGCCAGCCGGCAGGGUCGAGACAGGUCUUUGCUGUGGCUAUAGAGUUUGUCGAGGGGGACCCCCUGAGUCACUUGAAAUCUGCCGAUUAUUCCGAAGCUCAGAGGAUGCGUGUAAUGGGCAAAGCCGUCAAAGGCUACACCAUGAUCCGCCACCACCAGGUCCGCCACAAUGAUCUGGCGCCGCGGAAUAUAAUGACCAGCACCAAGGACUUCAACAGCGAGAAGCUCAGAAUCAGUUUCCUCGACUUGGACGCGGCAGAGGUGUUGCCCCUACUUAAAGGAACUCUCCCGCCCAAGCCGCCCAAGCCCGAGUCGCCAAUCAAACUCUUCUGGGACGAUAUCCCGUCGGAGAUGCAAGAGAUGGGCUGGGUUUCCCUGGAAUGGACUGAAGAAAAAUGGAAUGCUUGGCUUGUGAGAACAUUUUUGGGCGACAAAGAGUUC